UUGCGUUAUAUUACUGACAUCGAUUAUGAUAAUGCAUUUUCAUAUUUUUUUUCUCACCAAACACCCAUGACUACAUGCUCAUGUUCCUAUGCCUAUAUAACGUAGCAGCGGGCUGCACACUAACGGACCGCUGAUUAGGAAAAAAAAUUACGGGUCGUGGUGAAUGGAGAGUCGGUUGAGGGAGUCGGUGUCGGAGUCGUAAGCGUGGUUAUGGCCUAGUGAAAAUCGAAAAUCGAAGUCGUAAGUGUAGUCAUAAGCUCCACGAAUUCGGAGUCCACGAGAACAAUCAGAACGUUUCCAUUUUCGUCUGAUUCUGCCUACCACUCCGUCGCUUAUGAUCCAAUGAAAACUAGAUUGUUGGAAUCGGAAGCAGAUGCAGAAAAACCAAUCAAAAUACUAGAUCUUAGGUGUUGUGAUUGGUUUAUUUUUCGGCAUCUGCUUUCUACUCCGGUAAUUUAGUUUAGCGACGGGGUCAUAAGCGGAAAAGGUAUUCUACCUCCGAAACUGUCCGCUUGAUUUUCACUAGAUCGCAUCGAUCAGCGCUUCUGAUAACGACUCCGACUCCGUGUCUAGUCGAUACCAGCCUUAAAAAAACAUCUCUUUUGAGGAGUUCCUCAAUUUAAUUUAAUAACAAUUGAUUCAUACUUUUAGCGUGCAUUUCUUUUUAAAGUCUGUAGCCUAUUUUGUGACAAAUUUGUAAUAUCACGUGACAUUGUUUUAUCCCCAUAAGACUUUGCUUCUUCGUUUGUGUUUACUCGUUUGCUCGCAUUUCGAUCGCCCCUAAACUCUCAACAAGUUUAGGACCAAUUUGGAGGUGAUCCACCUGGAUCUUCAAUCGGCCAACCCUCAGCCUGCUAAGACAAGCCCUCGCAUGGUCUGGUGACGCCUUUGUUCAUCCUGGUGAGGUAACCGGAAUGUUACUUUCCGACUGAAUCCGGCUUCCGGUUUUAAGUGUGGAGGAGAUUCUGUAACAUGACACAAUGUCCACAGGGACAUUAUUAUAUGUUACGCUCUUGGCAGACGAAUGGAAUUCUACCAAAGGCGGACUGUCGACCAUGAACAGAGAGCUGGCUAUACAGCUGGCUAAACACCCGAACGUGUCUGUCACCUUCCUUGUUCCUAAAUGCACUGAAGAGGACAAGAAAGCUGCUGGAAAACACAAUAUUAGAAACGUGGAAGCAAAAGAGCGACUUGGUUAUGAACCACUUGAUUGGUUAAGUUUUCCUCCGAGAGAUCUCGACAUUGAUAUAAUCAUUGGUCAUGGCGUAAAACUUGGAAAACCAGCUCAAGUGAUAAGGGAGACCCAUCAUUGUGCGUGGGUACAAGUUGUGCAUACUGCCCCUGAAGAGCUUGCGAUGUUCAAAACCUACUCUGGUGCCAUAUCGAAAGGAGAUGAAAAACAAUGGACUGAAGUAAAUCUGUGCAAAAUUGCCGAUCUUGUCGUAGCAGUUGGACCCAAACUUCUUGAGUUCUAUUCAGCCUAUCUCAGCUCGUGUGGCAAAACUGUCUUCAAUCUUACGCCAAGCAUCUUCACUGAAUUAUCUACUUUGAACCUUUUUACGCAAGGAGUUACGAAGUUUCGUGUUCUAGUAUUUGGGCGUGGUGACUCUAAAGAUUUUGAGCUUAAAGGAUUCGACAUUGCUGCUAAAGCAGUCGCGGAACUGAAUGACAGAAGUUACCAUCUCAUCUUUGUAGGUGCAAGUGGGAAUGAAACACGAGUGGCAAAGAAGUUACUGAAGCAAGGCCUGAGUCGAAGUCAACUGACCGUGAAAGGGUACGUUGAAAACCGUGAUCACCUAGCUACACUGUUAUCUACAGCGAAUCUUGCUGUUAUACCUUCAAGAACCGAGGGAUUUGGUUUGGCAGCCCUGGAAGCCUUAUCUGCUGGUCUUCCAUUCCUUGUUAGUCAAAACAGUGGAUUUGGAGAAGCCCUGCAGCAGGUACCCUCUGGUUCUUCUUGGAUUGUAGACUCCGAGGAUCCAGAGCAGUGGGCUGAGGCCAUCAAAGGUGUGCGAGAAAAAGGCAAGGAAACAUCCCUUAGGGAGUGUCAAGAACUACGCAUGCACUAUGCCGGGAAGUACAGCUGGGAGAAGCAGUGCAACGAUCUUGUGGGAAUAAUGCAAACCUUAGUUCGUGGUAAAGUCCAAAUACCGCAGCAAAUGUUAGGAAGAGCUUCCCUGCCUGGAGAAAAACGACUGAGAACAUCAAUACAGCGAUCGAGACGGAGAAGGCCUACACGAGAAGAUCAGUCCGUGAUUGAGCAAAGAUCAGAGGAAGGCUCAUUCAUCCGCCGCAAAUUUGCUGUAGAACAAAGAGGAGAAAGCCUAUACAGUUGUUCCAAUUAUGCUAAAAAAGAAAACCAGGACAGCUUCUUCAGUCGCUCUGACGAUAGUGCUGACCAAAUAAGAGAGGACAGCUUACUCAGUCGUGUUAACGUUGGUGCACAAAACCGUGAGGACAGUUUUCUCAGUCGCUCCAACAGUGCUGAACAAAGUAGAGGGGGCAACGCAUCAUUCAAUGGUCCUAACAGCGUUGAGAGAAGAAGAGAUAACAGUUUAUCAAAUUGGUCCGACAAUGCAAGACAGAAAGAGGACAGCCUAUCCAGUGUCGAAGGAAGAAGAGUGGACAGCUUAUCAACCUGCCCCAGCAAUAUCGAACAAAGAAGGGAGGACAGCUCAUUGAGUGGUUCCAAGAUCGUGAAGAGAAGAAGAGAGAGCAGCUUAUCUAGUCAGUAUUCCGGCAGUGAAGAAAGAGGAGGGAACAGCUCCUUCAGUGGGCGGAACAGUUUUGAGGGAGGAAGAAGAAAGGACAGUUUAUCCAGUCAAUAUUCCAGCAGUGAAGAAGGAAGAAACGCCAGUUUAUUCAGUGGGUCCAACAGUGUUGGGAGAAGAAGACAGGACAGCUUCUCCAGUCAGUAUUCCAGCAGUAUCGAAGAAAGAAAGGUAGACCGUUCAUUCAGUUGGUCAAACAGUGUUGGGAGGAGAAGAAAGGACAGCUUAUCCAGCUGCUCCAGCAAUGGCUCAGAAAAAAGAGGGGAGAGUUUAUUCUGUAGCUCCAACAGCGGUGAGAGAAGAAGAGCAGCCGGCUUAUCCAGUCGCUUUAGUAGUGGCAAACAAAGAGGAGAGGACAGCUCAUUCAGUGGCUCCAACAGGUUUGACAGAAGAAAAGACAACAGCUUAUCCAGUUUCUCUAGCAAUUCCGAUCAGAAAAGGAAAGGCAGUUUAUCUAGUGGCGCCAGCGAUGCUGACAGCGUGUUUAGUCACUCCAGCACCUCUAACAGUUUAUGCGGUCGCGAUAGCCGUGUGGAGCGAAGAAGAGAACGCAGUUUACUCAGUUGCUCUAUCAGUGCUCAAGAAAGAAGUCAGGACGGCUCAUCCAGUCGCUCCAAAAGUGCUGGACAAAGAAGAGAAGACAGGCUUGUCAAUAGAUCCAUUUCUGACGACUUAUCUAGUUUACUUGGUUCCUUAUUUGGUUUGAUUUUUAUAUAUGUAUUUCUUAGUGCUAUAGGAAACGCAAUGAAAAAGAAGAAGUAGGCAAAGACAUAUACGAUGUUUAAACCGUGCUAGAAAAAUAGAACAACGCUUAUCCAAAGCACUAUUCGCACAGUCAGGAUAAUCCACAAAGCGAGGAGCAAGAUCUGGAGAAUAGCGUUUUUCAAGCGUAGUUACAAUGUAAGCAGAUUUCCUUCAGCGGGCAGUUCAGAUGAAUUUGGCUGACCGUUUUUUUCUUGUCGUCAAUCUCUGCAUGUGUGUGAUAGACGGCGUUUCAAGCUCGUAACUUCAGUGCUUGGGACACAAAUAACCCCUUGGGAAUACUUCCAUUUCUCGAUGACUCGUAAAACUGACUACCUGUAGUGUGGCUCCAUGUCAGAACUUUGACGGACCAUCCGUUUGUAGGAGCAUAUUUUAAAAUUAUUUGUGGUAUUUACCGUACCCUUAUUCGUAAUGAGCCAAUCAGAAGCCGUGUCUAUUGUCCUGAUCUCCCGUGAUAUCAAGUCACUGACCUGAUAUAUGUGGGUACAAUAUCAUUCUCACUUGGCCGAAUUUGGGCACUUUAAAUACCCAGUCAUACUGUAUUAGGAAUGCUUUUUCGGCAUAUCGCGUUCGUUUGGUCUCGCCAUGAGUAAUUAGAUGCUAUUUGAUUCAAUUGUUUAGGAAUGUUAAAUACAUUUUUGGGUGAAAUAUUGCAGUAGCCUUAAGCAAAACAACCAAACAGGCAAACAAACAAGCAAACAAACAGGCAAACAAACCAAACCGACAAACAGACUAACAAAAAAGAAGGAAAAAAACAUAUUACAAUAAGCAUUUAAAUGCAGCAACGGGACAUUAAAAAUUCAAUCACAUUUUUCUGUCAGGCAAACGGCGACGAUGACGGUUUGAGAGCUCUCACAACAGUUUCGAAGGGGUAUUCACAACCCAUGACUUAAGAAUUACCCACUAAUAGACAAAAAGAUAUAUUCAAACAGCUAUUAUUUUGUUUAUAAAGGGUUAAAAGUUACUAAAUUUUAAAAACCAAAACGUUUUUGACCGUACGGUCAUCAUCAGUGUACCACUGAUGAUGACCGUACGACGACGACGACGACAACGACGACGACGACGACGACGAUGAUGAUGAUGAUGACAGCCUUUUAUAAACAUCUAAAAAGUAACUAUUAUGACAGCUACUAUUUUAUUGAAAAAAAGUCAAAUUGAUUCACAAUUUGAAUGGUAACAUUCACAUAAUAGCAGUUUUAGGGAAUUUUUAUUUUUCGACUUAUUUUACUGAUUUCGACGGAACAAAAAAUGGCUAAAUUUAAAAUCUAAAUUUAGAUCGGCAAAAAAAUGGUACUUGGCGUGGUAUCAUAAAAACGCCGCGAAAGGGCAACUUUAACAAAGAAAUUUACAGUAAAUAACGCUAUAACAAGAAAAUAUCGAAAAUGAGAUUUUAGCAAUUAGCGCCAUAAAAACUUCGAGAAACUUCUUUCAUUAUCAAACAUAUCAAACACUUUCCAUAAAGAUAAAAUAGUGUUACAUGCAAUUGAUUUUGUAUCUUAAGUAAUACUUACAAAAAAAGCAAUAUUGAUGUAGCUACUGUACCCGACUGAGGCAUUGGGGCCCCAUCUGUGGACAUUUAAGAUUUUUAGGGGAAAGCCUUUAUGAAGUUUCGUGAUUUUCCGCGUGAUCUGUGAUUGCUGAUAAUGGAACGAAUGCAUUUUGCUUCGUUCAUUUUGGGACAUCGUGGGUCUGCUUUGACACUUAUAAUUAUGAAUAUGCUUUUAGUUGAUUUUCCAACUGCCAUGCAGGAAAUUCAUCAGCUGAAGAGCUCAAGGAAAUAAAUUCCUGAUGUAUCUUUUAGAUACAGCAAUCCAUUUUAGUUCAGGAUAUUUAUGCUAACUUGGGCGUUGUCUCUCCAGUUACAGUAUUGUGGUACAGUUAAGAAUUGAGUCGCGAUUUUACUAUGUGCUUACUCGGUUAAACUUAGUUUUCUUAGCGGUAAAUAGUUUCUAGUAACACUUGGUGUUAUUACUUGCCAGUGAAAGCUGUAUUGAAUUAUUUUAAGUUUACUUUUAACCUUAGUGAAACAAAAAAACAUGGGUACUGCAACAGAAACAGUGUGAUAUAAUUAAACGUUCAAAAUUCAGCAACUGUAAGAUGAGAAAGAAAACUAUCAGAUGUGGAGAAUUUUGGCUGAAAGGAUAACUGAAUGUGAAAUCCUAAAGAGGAAAGGAGCCGGAAUUGAAGUAAGAUUUAUUUAGAAUAAACCUUUCUAGUUAAACUUGUUGUUGGUUGUUAACUGGCACGGAGUACCUCUGCUCGCUGGGCUAGUUUAGCCCCAAAAGACACGUAAAACACGCGUCAACCUUUUACACUUUGUUACACAUUUUCUCACUAUGUCAAACGAGUACCUUUUAAGUGGAAGUCCCGCUAAAAGCAGUUCACUCGACUUCGGGACCAAAAAUGAUUUUCCUUCAUUUUUGCCAGUGAAAAGGGUUUGGCAGAUAUAUCUAAAAAAGCAAUUUAUUAUAUUCCAAUUCCUUAUGUUUGCUUUGCUAAGGCCCAAAAUUAAAUUUUGGCCGAGCUGAGGUUGCCAACCGUGAUCAGAAAGGUAAAAUUCAUCGAUUUUGUGAAGCGUGCUACGUCCCCUUAAAUGCAGCUCAAGGAAUUUCGUUUUCAUACCAAUUCCAAGGUACAUUCAUUACUAUGGAAACUUUUCAGAAAAUUCUAAGCUUACCAGCGAGGCUGGAAGACAAACUACCCUGAGGCCUUUGUUUACCUACUAAAAUUACCUAAAUUUGAGGGAGAAAAUCUCAAAAGCUGGGUCUAAAUGAUGGCUAAAAAGCACAUCAUCGUAAAUUUCUUACUACGAUUAUCAGUUGAGUAAGGCGGGACGAAAGUUUGGUUACCAAGUUUUAACGUAAAAGUCGUGUUGUUGUCACGAGCAACUGGUUCCGUAUCCAUUGGCAGCUUGUUGGCCUUUGACGUCAUUGGCAGCAAAGCGCGCGAAAUUGUAGGCGACGCGACAGGCGACCAUCGGCCGUUGAUAUUGUUACCAAUGGAAACGAGGUAAGUUGCCCGUGAAAAACUUCGGGAUCCGUUUACACAACAAAGAGCUGCACCAGCUUCACACAAUGUCACACAAGCUGUAGCGCGACCAAUUACCAGCUACUCAGUGGAGGGGCCGGGGGCAAAUCCCCUGCCCUGCGCGCGCCGAUCAUCAGAUUUGGCAAGGUUUUGUCAUUUCAAUAUUGAAAUAUAAUUGAAAAAGCCACCCACUGAUUUCAUUUUUUGGACUAGUGCAAUCUUAUCAGUAUGACCGAACGACGACAAUUAUUGCACCUUUUCAAUUUUUAUCUACUUUUCCUCAUAAAAUAUAAGGAGUUGCCAAUACAUGAGGGCAGAAGAAGCGGAUAUGGACCUGAAAUUAUUUUUUUUCUUUCCCGUUUCCGGCCAUUCGUUUUUCAUAGAGAACACAAUGGAAGAAAAACAAAAAAUGGGGCCAAGAAAAGUCCACAUGUUCGAAGCGCGUGCAGAUGCUGAGAGGACGAUUUCUCACUUUGUGUUUAAAGUACCCUUCCCUUUUUUUCUGACGAAAUCAGCAUUAUUGGCUAUAAAAAUAGUUUGUCUUUGAUUUCCCCGGCUCGCGAAACAUAUAGUUAAGUGAUUGGACAUACACUCUCACCAGUAUGAGACUCAAGGGGGGUGCUUGGAGGUACUCCCUUAUAUGGGCCAUAUGCGGCCCCAAAGGUAGGUGUUUUCAGCCGUUUUGGUCAUAAAUAGCGUAUAAUUAUCAAUUUCUUUCAACAGCAGGGGCCCUUGAUUUUGAGCGAUAAGCUCCGACCAUGGGAUUCGUUGUUACGAUGCUCAAGGCCAUGUGAGAUCAUUUUGAACUUCCCUCAAAGCCAGAGAGCGAAAUUCCCCUAUAAUGAACAAGCUAAAGGACAUGGUGAAAGAAUGCUCAAGUUAUAAAUAGAUUCAGUGGCUUGUCAAUCUCAGUGCAGCUUCGAAAAGUCACUUACAGUGUAACGUUCAUUAAGCCUUUUCUGUUGUAAAAAAAAAAAUGUACGGCCAGUGGUGAGUGCUGAACUACGGGUACAGGCGAAAGGAUUCAGUUGCAUCUUUUGUUUAAUUGCUGCUAGGUUUAGUGAUGGCUAAGAAUAUAAGUCUGUAUUAACACCACUUCCAAUUCAGCUAUGUUAAUGUUCGUGAUACAUGAUAUAUGUAGAAGUGUUAUCAAAAAUGUAUUUUUCUCCCAGCUAUUAUGAUUUUUGCAGACACCAUAUAACACUAAUGUAUGCCGGAUGCGACAUAUAACACCUUAAAUAUAAUGCCUGUCGCAUUUUAGGACGAUUACGUUCACGGUCCACACCCUCCCUUGAGUCCCAUACCGGUAAGAGUGCAUGUCCCGUUACUUAAAUAUAUGUUAUCUUGAGCCGAAGAAAUCAAAGACGAACUAUUUUUAAGGCCAAUAAUUCUGGUGUUGUCAGGAAAAAAGGGAAAGGCACUAGUCCUAUGAGAAACAAAGUGAGAAAUCGUCCUCUCAGCUUCGAUAUGGACUUUUUAUGGAAGGUUUCUUGGCCCCAUCUUAUGAUUUUAGUCAUUUUAUUCAUGGGUUGACCAUUGUGUUGUCUAUGAAAAACGAACGGCUGAUAACGGGAAAGAAAAAAGUGAAUUUCAGGUCCAUAUCCGCUUCCUCUGCCCUGGUCACAUAUUAGCAACUCGUUUUAUUUUCUGAGGAAUUAAAAGUAGAUAAAAUAUUGAAAAGGUGUAAUGAUUGCCGUCGUUCGGUCAUACUGAUAAGAUUACACUAGUCCAAAAUAUUAAAUCAAUGGGUGGAUUUUUCAAUUUCAAUAUUGAAAUGAGAAAACCUUGCCAAAUCAAAAAUGAUCGGCGCGCGCGGGGCAAGGGAUUUGCCCCCGGUCCCUCCACUGAGUAGCUAGUAUACGUAAGUAGUCACGUUGCAACUUGUGUGAUAUUGUUACGAGGCUGGUGCAGCUUUCCGUUGAUUAAACGGAUUCCGAAGUUCAUUUUUGCACUGUGCAAGCGCCGAUACUAAAAGACAAGCAUCAAUACCAUGACACAGAAGUAAAGUCCAUUCAUCGCAAAACAUAGUUCCAUCCAAGCGUGUC